AUGGCAGUUAUUGGGCACGCUUCAGCUGAAGUGGAACUCAUUUCUGAAAUGGAUGUAAUAGGCUGUGUCCGAUGUACAAAUUGGAUAUCCACGUCUCCUUUUGACCCCUACCGCCGACCCCGUUCUGACGGCUGCAUCUGCAUCUCCCUCCCCUCAUUUGGCCCCAGCGGGGCUCUCAGUCCUCAAGACAGGCGAUGGCUACAUACUAUCUACCAGUCUGUGGAACUGCCUGAGACACACCAGAUGUUGCGUCAGACAUGCCGGGACUUUGCCGAGAAAGAACUGCUUCCCAUUGCGGCCCAGGUGGACCGGGAGCAUCUCUUCCCAGCGGCUCAGGUAAAGAAGAUGGGCGAGCUUGGGCUUCUGGCCAUGGACGUGCCCGAGGAGCUGAGCGGUGCCGGCCUCGACUACCUGGCCUAUGCCCUCGCCGUGGAGGAGGUCAGCCGGGGCUGUGCCUCCACCGGCGUCAUCAUGAGUGUCAACAACUCUCUCUACUUGGGGCCCAUCCUGAAGUUUGGCUCCAAGGAGCAGAAGCAGCAGUGGAUCACUCCGUUCACCAGUGGCGACAAAAUUGGCUGCUUUGCCCUCAGUGAGCCAGGGAACGGCAGCGAUGCGGGAGCUGCUUCUACCACUGCCCGGGCCGAGGGUGACUCAUGGGUCCUGAAUGGCACCAAAGCCUGGAUCACCAAUUCCUGGGAGGCCUCAGCUGCCGUGGUCUUUGCCAGCACGGACAGAGCCCUGCAGAACAAGGGCAUCAGCGCCUUCCUGGUCCCCAUGCCGACGCCUGGGCUCACGUUAGGGAAGAAGGAAGACAAGCUGGGCAUUCGGGCUUCGUCCACGGCCAACCUCAUCUUUGAAGACUGCCGCAUCCCCAGGGACAGCAUGCUGGGGGAGCUGGGGAUGGGCUUCAAGAUAGCCAUGCAAACCCUGGACAUGGGCCGCAUUGGCAUCGCCGCCCAGGCCUUGGGCAUCGCCCAGGCUGCCCUCGACUGUGCUGUGAACUACGCUGAGAAUCGCAUGGCUUUUGGGGCGCCUCUCACCAAGCUCCAGGGCAUCCAGUUCAAGCUGGCAGACAUGGCCCUGGCCCUGGAGAGUGCCCGACUGCUGACCUGGCGUGCUGCCAUGUUGAAGGACAACAAGAAGCCUUUCAUCAAGGAGGCAGCCAUGGCUAAGCUGGCUGCAUCAGAGGCUGCGACUGCCAUCAGCCACCAGGCCAUCCAGAUCCUGGGCGGCAUGGGCUAUGUGACAGAGAUGCCAGCUGAGCGGCACUACCGCGAUGCUCGCAUCACCGAGAUCUACGAAGGCACCAGUGAGAUCCAGAGGCUGGUGAUCGCCGCACACCUGCUCAGGAGCUACCGGAGCUGAGCCCCCUGCAGGGCUGACCAGCACCCGCCUCAGCCUAGGGGCCGCGCUGACCCAGGGACUGUGGAAAGUGGCAGGAGAAUGUGGCCUUCACCUUGACUCCUAUCAGGGGCUGGCUAGGUGGGUGGGCAGGGCCUGCGCCUCCUCAUACCAGGCCCCUCCUGGCCCUCAUCCCCUGGACUGCCUAGAGGGGCUCCCUGCCACCUCUCACUGCUGCCUCCCUGGAUCAGACUUGUGGGAGUAAGCCUCAGGGAGAGAGGAAAGGCGAGCGGACGGACCAUCUUCAGCUCAGUCUCUUGGCUUUGCUUUCCCUUCAUGACUGUGCCUUAUUUUCUUCAUCUGAGUGGCUACAGCCUCCUGCAGGCGGGCCGGGGGACUAAGUGACACUCUGGAGCACCCCACUUCUGCUCUUGUGGGCCCUGGUGCUUGGCAUGAAGACCCAGGUGGGCAUGCCCUUGGCGGAAUCGGCUCUGUUCUCUGGGGUCGGAGGUCAGGCCUAGGGGGAGGAGGGAGUGGGACCAGAAUGACCAGGCCUCCAAGUGGCGGAAACAGUGUGGUCAGGCCCAGGCUCCCAGUCUUGGGCAGGCUGUGAGGAACAGCUGAGCCCUGUUAGCGUCUUUGUCAAGUGUAACGAGUGCAGGUGGGUGCUGUGCUUCCUGCUGUGGGGGAAUGGGCAUGGGCACUGUUGAGCAUGGGCACUGACUGUGGUCAAUAAAGCACGCCUGCCCCCGAC